AUGGUUUCCCAGGGGGCUGAAAGGCAGAUUAGUGGCUUGAAAACAGUCAAUCAGUCAGUCAAACCAGUUCACAAGAUGGAUCGCCAGCAGUAUCAAAAUCUGUUACGGAAAAUGUACAUGCCUUCUGUGAGAGGACCUGAUGACAGACAUGAUUUUGACAGCUUCCAGCAGAAAGACAGUAAAUCUUUUCUUAAAUUCAAUCCUUAUACUCCAGCAGGUGGGCCGGACUAUCCUUUAUUCCCACACCGGGACAAUGUGCCUUUGGUUGACCCCUGCUCGGGAUUCAUAAGUGCAGGAGCUAAUGCUCUUUUGCAGCCAAACUGUGGCAGAACCAUUGAUUCACUGGUGGAUUACAGUGAUGUAAAACCUCAUCAGCGGGUUCCUGCUCCAGAAAAAACCCCACAGGCUGCACACAGAAGGCAUAUGAUUUUGUUAGAGGAAAUGAACCAGGACAGACGUUGGAAUUCCAGGAAAGUGUCAGAUGCUGUGAUCAGGGCACGACUUGGAGGGUGGACAAGUCCAUUAAAAGUUACUCCUGCUCCACCUAAACAAAAUGAUGCCUUUUCAAUACAUAAAUGUGCAUUUCACAUGGACCCAAACCUUAAGAAAUCAAGUGACCCUUCUGCAAAUUGGAGAGAAGAAAAAGCAAGGGACUAUUUCUAUCGCUCAAGUACCCAAAGAGCAUAUGAAGAAGUUCCCUGGGAUAAUAUGUUACAGCCCAAAAUCCCACCUCCAGAAUCAACAGUAGAAAAGAUGGCUGAUCCCAUCUCACCAUGUUUUACAAUUAGGAGAUAUUAUCCUGUGCCAGAUAUAAGCCAAUCCAUUGGAGGCCUCUGGGACAGAUUUCAAACAAGAUGUUUUACCUCACCGCAGAAGCCAAUUGAUUUUGUAAGCCCAAGCUCUCGCACUCAGCACAUCCCUUUCUACACUGGCUGUAUUGGUGCUGAGAAUUUUGAAGACAUAGACAAUGCCAGCGUAGAUUUGAUCACUCUUACCAAUGUUCGGACUUCGAAACCUCGCUACACAAGCACCUCCCACACUCCAAAUAUCCCUGGAUAUACUGGCAAGGUUCAUUGGACAGCAACCCACCCGGCAAAUUCUAAUCUUCCAUCAACAUCCCCUUCAAUAAUUGCACGAAUGCAUGGGUACAUCUCCAAGCAUGGAGGCUCAUCUCAGUUUAAUCACCAGGGGCCUUUGUCACAAAUGCUCACUCCAGUUUAUCCUCAAAAUUCUUUCAAUAAGAUAGAACAAGAAACAAUUCAAGUUUAAAAGAACCACUCCUUUACUAGACUAAUCAAGAGCCUCUGUGGGACUGGGGAAGAGGAAGGAAAUGUGUGAAGUGUGUGCAUAUUUUAAAUAUGGAACAAAAGAAAAAAGAAUAUAGAAGUGGGUGUUUGUGGUAGUCCUUAUUACAUGUUAUUAUUAUACUUGUAUUUAUGACUUACUGUUGCUUAUGGCUGAAAUCUUUGAGGAAGUAAAAGGAACCACAAAAUAAAAGCCUGAAAUUUGCUUACUGGACUGGCCUGCAUCAUAUUAGGUAAGACAGAAGCUGAUGCAACAGCAAACUACCCAUAAAUAUCAUUCAGAUUUGUGCCUACUGAUGCUACAUCACUGUAGUGACAAGCUACAUUGCCGUAGCUCAUCACUAUGGUGAUGUAGCAUCACGUGUAGCUGUGCCCACUGUGUCAUUUCCUGGACGCAGAGUAUGUAGAGCAGGAGUAAUGGAUGUUUCCUGGCAGUGUGGAUAAGCCCUUGGAGAUGCCUUGUGGAGCUUGCAGCUGUGAAGGUUGGAGGGCAAAUGUGGCUUUACUGGAUUAUCAGACCUUUGCUCCAAGGUCUGGAGUAGCCUCCAUCAUAAUUUAGGAGCCCAAAGGGGCAGGUGCUAGGUUACCAUGGGCCAUUCUGGGCUCCCAAUGAAUGGUGCAACACUGUGAGCCCAUCAACAUCAGUACCCAGGUUGGUCCCUGAUACCAGGCAGUGUAGGUAUGGAGUAUAUCUAUGAGGGAUAAUUUGCUCACAACUGGCUUCUCUGACCUGUGUAUUUUGCAAGUAGGCAUAAAGUGGCAGAAAAACCCACAUGGAGAAUCUGAACCAAAUAGAAAAUCAGUCCAAAACAUAAAACAUUUGCAAAGCAGGGGAAAGAAUCCAGGCCUCCUGACUCCCAGCCCUGUGGCUUCACAAAUCAGACUGGUGUUCUUCAUUCUUACAGCACAUUUCAUUCCUGACAUUUCUAAAGUAAGGCACAAGAGAUUUCUAGCUUGGCACUUGACCAGCAGCAUAGGGAGUUUGGACACCUAGUUGCCAUAUAACUGCAACUGGACAUCCACAUCCCUUAGUUUGCUGUACAAAUGUCAGCCAUGCAAUGUCCUGUGGGGUGGAGGGAGGCAAUUGAGUGGGAUGAGCAGAGAUACCAUUUCCCCCAAGAAAUAUGUAGUGUACAUUUCAACGGGAAUAAAACAGUCAGUUUAUUUUUUGAAGCACAGUCGCUUUCAUUUUCUGUAAUACCUUAACUAAGAGUAGACCAGUCUAAUACUUGAUCUGUAACACUGCAAAGGUAUGUUUACAUCCAACCUCAGAUCUCUUCCUUGACUUGGAAAGAAAUUUUUAAAAACUUA